AUGGUCCUUGUACACUCAUUUUACCUUCUCGGGGCCGUCAACUUCGUGCAGGGAGUUGUGGCCCAGGACUUUACCGGAUCCCAACCACUGUCCCGCUUGGCGAAUGGCUUCAUCGUCGAGUACGCGGAUGAUCCGCAGACCCACUCAGUGGAUGUCGUGCAAAAAGUUGCUGCUCAAGUAUCAGAUGUCACGGGCGUGCAAGUUUCGCACAAAAUGGACCUCAGGAGCACCAUCUUCAAUGGGGCUUCUUUCCAAAUCACCAAAGACUCUCAAAGCGGCGCAACUGAAGGCUUAAUGGCAACUGAUGAGCUUUUGGAGGCUGCCUUACUCCAGAUGCCCAACAUUGCAGCCGUUUAUCCCAACACAGUCCGCUACCUUCAGGCUCCCGUGGACUAUAGGGAUGUCAGUACGGAAGAGCAUUUUCCUUCCAUGACAAAGAGGCAGACUGGCAACGGCAGUGACGAGACCCAGAUUUACUUUGGGCAGGAUGGCACGCCGUUGAUCAAUCCUCAUGAGAUGACAGGAGUGGACAGGUUGCAUGCAGAGGGGAUCACAGGCGAAGGUAUCAAAAUUGCGGUCAUUGACGCUGGGAUCGAUGCCUUCCACGAAGCCCUCGGAGGAGGUUUUGGGCCCGGUUUCAAGGUAGCAGGAGGAUAUGACUUUGUUGGCGACCAGCCUGACAACGACGUCGACCCACCGGUUCCCGACAACUCCCCCCAAACAGUUUGUGCAAACCACGGCACUGCCACCUCAGCAAUCGCAGCCGGACUUCCUUACAAAUUCGGGUUUGUAGGAGUUGCGCCAAAUGCCACGAUUUACCACUACAAAGUUUUCCCUUGCUCCGGAGGCGUGUCGACAGACGUCGGGGUCAACGCCUCACUUGCAGCAUACGAGGAGGGCGUUGACGUGAUCAAUGCUUCCAUCGGAGGCCAAGGAGGAUGGGGCAUCGACUUAUGGGGGGUCAUUGCUUCUAGAAUCAUGGCAAAUGGGACGGCCUACAUCAUCGCAGGUGGCAACGACGGCGCUCGCGGGACUUUCAUUGCCAACUCGCUGAGCAGCACACAAGGUGUCCCCAGCAUAGGCUCCGUCGACAAUGCUUACAGCCCGACUUUAAUCGCCAAUGGCUCAUACAGUGUCAACGAGGGCGAAGCAGUGCCAAUUGAGUACACACCUGGAUUCCCUGCAAACUGGUCUUCACCUUUGGAGAUCAUCAAUCUGCAGGUCAACGGCUGCACGCCGUACCCAAACAUGACCUACACGCCCAACCAGGUGAUACUGCUGCAAAGACCAUACGCAGGCACUCCGACUUCUAGCUGUGACCAGAAUGCACAAGUCAAGGCUGCAGGGAUUCGAAACAUCCUAUUCUAUAACUACUUUGAUGACGUUGCCACCAGACCACUUCCCCUGGUGACGACCGAAGGAUUUCCCUUUGACUGGCUAGAUGGUGUGGGAUAUGUUGACAAUGCCCUCGGAACCAAACUCGCUGGACUUGUGAGCAGCGGCAACAAGAUCACCCUGGACUUGCCCUGGAAACCAGACAACGAUACAAGAAUACCAAGGCUGAUGAAGAACGACAUUAGUGGCGGAUUUAUGUCGAACUACAGCACAUGGGGGCCAACGUAUGAGGCGAAGAUUGGCACAACGUUCUCUGCUCCUGGUGCGAAUAUUCUGACGGCGGGUGGAACGAUUUAUGGCGGCCUCGUCAUCGCGAGUGGUACAUCAUUUGCGGCGCCAUAUGUUGCCGGUGUCUCUGCCCUCAUCAAACAAGCCCAUCCUGGCAUAACUCCUAACGAGAUUAUCAACCGCCUAGCCACGACAGCAAAGCCAGUCAAGAUGCAGUCGAACCAGCGAGAGACACAAGACUACCUCGCUCCCGCCUUCCAGCAGGGCGGAGGAAUGAUCGAUGCUUAUGCUGCAUUGAAAACUACUACCACACUGAACGUGAGCGAUCUCGCCUUCAACGACACGGCGUACAGCCAGCCACAGAGCUUCGAGAUCCGGAACGGAGGAGGAGACGUGGUGACAUACGAGCUGACCCACAAUCCUGGCCCAACACUGUACACCUUCUCAUCCGGCAACACCACGGUCACGGCCUUCAACAACGACACUGCCUUCCCAGCUAAUAUGCUGCCCGACGCCCACGCCGAGUUGUCUUUCUCCCAGUCCUCGGCAGAAGUGCAAGCCGGAGGCACAGCUGCUUUCACCGUUCAAGUGACACCACCCGCCGGACUCGACGCCAGCCGAGUCCCUCUGUACAGCGGCUUCAUCACCAUCAAGGGGUCCAACGGCGACAACCUCUCCCUAGCAUAUGGCGGGAUAGCCGCCGAGCUGCGCAGCGUCCCCGUGCUGGACACGACGCCCGGGCAGGAGAGGACGGUGCUGAUAGCCAACACGACGGACGGCGACGUGCGCCCCGGCCUGGACGGGAAUAACCUGACGAGCACCUUCACCAUCCCGCGCGUGACGGGCAACAUCACCACGAGCACGGCGUUGACCAAUCUCACGCUGCCGGGCUACCAGGUCAGCCCCCUGUUCGGGUCUCUGCGGCUCAACGUCUCGCUGCUGCAGGACGGCGUGGACCUCGGCCUAGUUAGCACGGUUGGCGACGUCCAGCCCUACUAUGUGCGGGACAAGCCAACCAGCGCCUACUUCUACGGGCGGAUGGCGGAUAACAGCUUUGUCCAGGACAGUGGGACUUACAGGUUCCAGCUGCGCCUGCUCAGGGUGACGGGUAACCCCGAUGUCGAGGCGGACUGGGACCAGGUGGCGACCGAGCCUUUCACGCUGAUCUUCUCUGAUGUGGCUGCGAACUCAUCGGCUGUGGCUGCCCGAGAGAAGCGGAACAGAUCACCUGGUGGCGGAAAGUACUUCCCUCUCUGA